AUGUCAAGUGAACAGUUUCCCACCGAUUUUUAUAUAGACUCGGUUGUCCGAUUCUUGGACACUGUCAAGUUCAAUGAUACGAACCAUACAGCAGAAGAGCGCAUAGCCAAGCUCCGCUAUGCGUAUACAAAGGCAGCAACCCACUUUUCCCACCCAGACAGACAGAAGCGCAUCAAAACGAUUCCGGAGCACCUCCAAGCCUGCCUCCAGAGUAUAGUUGCAAUGGUGGUUUACAGUUGGGCCACUGCUUCGGAAGAAGUCAUGGCCGACUUGAGUAUACAUUACACGUACAUUAUCGUCCUAGAUGACAUCCAUAGUGACCCCGCAGAAUUCAUGGAAUCAUUUAAUUGUGAUCUGAUUGCUGGAAUGCCCCAGAGACAUCCUUGGUGGCAGAUCGUGAAUGAACAUUUUCCCCAGGUACUUCGGCACUACGGUCCCUACUGCGGACUUAAUAUGGUUCGUUUAACUACAGAUUUCUUCCAAGGCUGUUGGAUUGAACAACACAACUUCACGGGCUUCCCCGGGUCCUAUGACUAUCCAACCUUCCUCCGGCGAAUGAACGGAGAAGGACAUCUUGUUGGGGGUUCUCUUUUCCCGAAAGAGAGCUUCGACGAAAGUAACCUGUUCAUGGAAAUCACUGCAGCCAUUGCGCAAAUUGAGCACUGGAUGUUCUUCGUGAAUGAUUUACUGUCAUUUUAUAAGGAGCUUGAUGAGCCGCGCGAUCAGGCGAACUUGGUCAAUAAUCAAGCCCAAUGCAACGAAAUUACUCUAGAACAAGCGUUAGAAAAGGUCACCGAGGACAUAAUUGUCAACUCCGAGCAACUUCUUCGGGUUUUCCAUGACAAGGACCCCAAGGUCUUCCACACCAUAUCCGCUUUUAUUCAAGGCUAUGUGACCUGGCAUCUUUGUGAUCCCCGUUACAGGCUUCAGGAGCUAAAUUCUUUGACCACGGCAUCCUCAUCGAGUGCCUCCAAGGAUUUACAACUUUAUUUUCAAUAUGCGAAAGCGGUAGGAUCCAUUGAUCUCAGCACGCAGGCAAGUCCCAGCGUGGCGUCGUUAGCGGCCGAUCAUAUCGCUGCUCCUGUAACAAAUUCCCGAGCCAAACCCAACGUCCAAAGUUGCGGAAGUGCUCCACAAUUAUAUGCAGCACAGGUCUAUGAUUUAUUUGUGGCCUUGGAGACUUGUAAAUUGGCCACGCGGACGACUAAGCCACUUUUCUGGCUUUGA